AUGAAUUAAGAUGUUGUAGAUAUAUAUUAAAACAAAAACAAUCAAUUUACUUUAUUUCCUAGUCAUGAGAAAUUAAAAUUGGCAUAUUCGAUUCUUCAAUCAUGUAUUAUUUUGAAUACAUCGAUAAAAUUACAAUUCUUAAAUUAAAUUUUGUACCACAUAUGA